AAGCUAACAGUCAAAACAAUUCUAACAGUAAAAAGCUGGAACCUGAUGAUAGGCAACGCCAACGCGCGCAAUAAACCGCAAAACGCAGAGAAAAAGAAAAAGAAGCGCACGUUAGCUGAGAAACAAAAGGGAAGAGAAAAAAACAAAAGAUUGCAGCGAUCGGACUUCUCUCGGAUCCGAUUUACCGGGUCCGGUUCCUUGUCUAACAACAUUCCUAACUGUGGAAAGAAAUUAUUGAAAAGAAAGUGAAUAGAUAAGAGGGGGAGAGAUGUGGGUGUUUUACCUGAUCUCGCUGCCAUUAACCCUAGGCAUGGUUCUUUUGACAUUGAGGUACUUUUCAGGACCUGAAGUUCCUCGCUAUGUACUAUUCACCGUUGGUUACACCUGGUUCUGUUCUCUCUCCAUUAUCAUCCUUGUUCCAGCCGAUAUUUACACGGCAAAAUUUCAUCUUGACAAUGGAGGGAUUUCUUUCUUUUGGAGCUGGUCAUAUUGGAGUACAUUUUUACUUACUUGGGCUGUGGUGCCCCUUAUUCAGGGUUUUGAAGAUGCUGGAGACUUCACUGUAACAGAAAGAUUAAAGACUAGUAUACAUGCUAACUUAGUCUUCUAUUUAAUUGUCGGAGCCAUUGGACUCUUUGGACUUAUUCUUCUCAUCAUGAUGAAUAAGAUAAAGAGUGGAGUGCUUGGUUUUGCCAUGGCAUGCUCGAAUACUUUUGGUCUUGUUACAGGUGCCUUCCUUCUUGGUUUUGGUUUGAGUGAAAUUCCAAAGAGUCUUUGGAGAAAUGCAGAUUGGAUAACCCGUCAAAAAGUUCUUUCUCAUAAAAUUGCAAAAAUGGCUGUGAAACUUGAUGAUGCUCAUCAAGAACUUUCAAAUGCGAUUGUCGUUGCUCAAGCAACAUCCAAUCAGAUGUCAAAACGUGACCCUUUGAGACCUUACAUGGAUGUUAUAGAUAACAUGCUAGCUCAAAUGUUUAGGGAAGACCCAUCUUUUAAACCGCAAGGUGGUCGAUUGGGGGAAAAUGAUAUGGACUAUGAUACAGAUGAAAAAUCAAUGGCAACACUUCGACGCAAUCUUAGAGGAGCUCGUGAGGGAUAUUAUCGUUAUAAAAGUGAGUAUAUGACUUAUGUCUCAGAAGCCCUUGAACUGGAAGAUACGAUUAAAAAUUAUGAACGUGGCAGCUCAACUGGAUGGAAAUAUAUUUCCAGCUUCAGACCUGUUCGAACUGGUAAAUUGGGGGCCCUCUUUGAGACAAUGGAAUUUUUUUGGCGAUGCAUCCUAAAUAAGCAAUUUAAGAAGCUCUUGGCUAUCAUACUUGGUACUAUGUCUGGUGCAAUUCUUUUAGCGGAGGCUACUCUGCUACCAACUGGAGUUAAUCUCUCGCUUUUUUCCCUCUUUAUAAACUCUGUAGGAAAGCAAGAGCUUUUAAUGCAGGUGUUGGCUUUUAUACCUUUGAUGUAUAUGUGCAUCUGCACAUACUAUUCUUUGUUCAAAAUUGGGAUGUUAAUGUUUUACUCAUUUACACCUAGACAGACGAGCUCAGUCAGUUUGCUUAUGAUUUGCUCGAUGGUUGCUCGAUAUGCUCCUCCAAUUUCAUACAACUUUCUCAACCUUAUCAAUCUUAAAGCUGAAACCAUAUUUGAAAAGCGAAUGGGAAAAAUUGAUAAAGCAGUACCUUUCUUUGGAGAUGGGUUUAACAGAAUCUAUCCUCUCAUAAUGGUUAUAUACACUCUGUUGGUUGCAAGCAAUUUCUUUGAUCGUGUAAUCGGUUUCUUUGUAAGCUGGAAGAGAUUUAGAUUUCAAACUGAAGCAGAUGAUACUGACGGAUUUGAUCCAUCAGGAGUAAUCAUCCUACAAAAAGAACGAUCUUGGUUGGAACAAGGACAAAAAGUUGGUGAGCAUGUUAUACCACUGGCAAGAAACUUCAAUAGUGUGGAUAUUGAAUCUGGCAGCAAUAACGCAGAAACUUUCCAGGAAAGGACUGCGGUAGAAAUGAAAUCGACGACUAGUUCAGUCACGGAUGCAGCAAAAGGGAGUUCAUCAACGCCUUUGAAAGAAGAGGGUCGUAGAUAUAGCUCCAGCAGAGAUGCCAUCAGCAACAAAUAUGCUGCCAUGAGAGAGCAGAGUAGACACACGAACACUAGGCCUGUGGAGAAGAGCAUUGCCUCUGCUAAGGUGUCAUUGCUUGAUGCAGGCAACUCUGAAUCCAAUAACACAACAGUAGGGCCAUCUUCUGGAUUGGCAACCAAAUGGGAAUCAAUGAAGAAUGGUUUUCAAAGUUUUAAGGCAAAUAUAGGGGCCAAAAGAUUUCUUCCUUUACGCCAAAUGCAGGAAAGUAAACUUGUCUCUCGCAAUUCAUCAUCCGAAUCUCUUGAUGAAAUAUUUCAGAGAUUGAAACGGCCAUCUAACGAGCACAGAAGCAACAGUGAUGAUGAUGAAGAUGCAAAUGGGAUGGCAUCAGGCCCUGGCAGAUAAUUUUUAGAUUUGCCAAUGGAGUAGGAACUGAUGGAUGUUGUAGAAAUGGAUACAAGAUGUAUAGAUAAGGGGCAAUACCCAGUGCAUACUAAAUAUUCUUUCACAGAAGUUUAAGUGGCUGAUCUGUCAGAUGGAGGCAACUUUACACAUACAUCAGAAAUGAGAUACUCAGAUAGUACGAUAGGAGUGUAAGAGCAGAAAAAAAAAGUGUUACAACAUGAGAGUUGAAUGUAUGUAGGAGAAAUUUUGCCAUUUGAAUUAUACCAUUAAAAGAAACAUUUUGGCAUACGCUUUUAUCCUUAUUGGUGGCAUAUAAUAUGCUAGUAACAUUGGAAAAAUGAUGAUCUUAA